GCGGGUCUCUCAGGAACGCAUAUUUUCUUUUCGGAUUCUCCGAGAAGGGGUGGAGAAAGAGGAUGGGAACCGGAUUGGUUGCAGUGUGGCACAGACCUGGAACCUUCCUGAAAGAGGUUGGGGCAGGCAGUGACUGUUCAGACGUCCAAUCUCUUUGGGACACCUCUUCAGCGCUGUCUUCCCUGCCUCUGCCUUUAGGACGAGUCUCAAACACCAACAAACUCAAGGCACGUGCCCUCUCUCAGGUCAGCUGCGAAGGGACGGGAGCAAGAGAGAGCCUCUCCCUCCUUCUACUUCGAGUUUUUGUUUGUUUGUUUCAAAAUAUUAAUGGACGAUAAAACAACACGGAUUUGUCACCUCCUAGCGAAGAGGAAGCUACCGCCACCAACCCCCUCAAGCAUGCCCGGGCACUUCUGGGGACAAUCGGACGUGGCAGGAGUUGGCAUGCCCAAGAUGGAGCUGGGAAGGAUGACCCAGAGUGGAAGGCGUGGGCCGGUGCUCCAGGUCUCAGCUCUCGCCGGCGUCGAACCACACAACUUUGCCAGCUUUGCAGUUUGCCUUUCCCUAUUGUGGAGGCAUCUGGGACCGUCCUAUCAAGGCGCUUCAAAAGUGUUAAGGACAAAGUGCUGGAGACAAGAACGUACCAGGGGCCCAGAAGAAUUCACUAGCGCGGCCAAACACUAAGACCAGGUUUCCUCCUUGCAUAGUGGUCGUUGGUUGUGCACGGGCUGCGCACGAAGACUGAAUUCCUGAGAAAUGGAAACU